CCAAAGUGAAGUUGAAGGAAAAAGAUGACUGCCUCCGUCGUCGGUCGUUUUGCCGUCGCGUUAAAUUUGUUCUAAAGUUGGCAAUUAUCCGGUGCCUAGAAAAUUUAAAGUGGUUCUGUGUUUUUAAACAACUGUCCGUCGCGUGGAUCGACGAACGUGGUGUGUUGUCCGUCGGGAAGGUGGCAAAAAUCGGCCGAAAAUGUUCGGUAGCGAUUUACGCCCGGAACACAAUGAGGGGCAGUUUUGUCGAUUGUGCUUCAAUAAGUCCGACGAUCUGUGUCCCCUGUUCCCACCAGCUAGCAUUCCGAACAAAGCUCUGCUUCAUAAAAUUUUCGACUGCACCACCAUAACGCUAAGCUUUCGCGACGAUCACAAUGCGCAAAUUUGCACCAGUUGUAUCGUCAGUAUUGAAAACUUCUUCAAGUACAAAAUUAAAUGUAUGGAAAAUGAUAAAUUACUGCGAAAAAAACGAACGAACUUUUUCUCGGGACUCGGGCUCACAGCAGAUCCAGAAACCAUACGUUCCAGUGGCGUACAAGAUGACGAAGAGAAACGGUUGGACAAGGAACUAGAGAAGGAAGAAAUUGAGCUGAAGCCAAAUGAUGAUUCUGAAAAUUGUCAGGUAAAGCAGGAGAUGAUCGAAGAUGACGAUGACGAAGAAUAUUUCAAUCCGGACCAGUUCCUUGCGCAGGAAACGCAAAUUGGUGAUAAGCAAAUUGACCAAUCCAUGCUGAAUGGCAACGACGAUAAUAGUUUUGGACCUGGCAAUGCAAGCUUCGAGCGAGGCUGGAAGACAACAGAGUUUGCUCCGCAACCCGGUAGUUCCGGGUUGAAGCCCCUCAAGAUAACUGACUAUUCCAACAUGACCGGCAAACGCGGACGGCCUCAGAAAUUCAUCACCACUGUUCCUACAGAGCGACUUCUCGCCCGCCCUAAUUCUUAUCCUAAUUCAUUCCACACAUCGUCGCCGCUGCCACAGCCGCCACCAGCACCAGCCCCAGCCCCAGCGCAACGAGGAUUCGAAAGUGCUUACCGUCAGCAUAUUGGCAUUAGCAACGGUGGACGGAUUUCCAUGCACCAAUCGAAUCCGAUGGGUGGCCGGUUUGACACUUUCUCACUGAGUACUAUGGAGCAAACCAGGAAGGUACAGAAGUUUCUCGAUGACGGUUUGCGAGAUCUCAUCGUACACUCCGGAGCACCGAACCCUACUGGUGCCAUGGAUGGUGGUUCAACCAGUUUUAAAGUGGUCAAGGCACGUUGUAAUUCGUACAACCUAAUCUUCGAGGCUAAUCGUUUCCUGCGACGGAACAAAUCGUGCAGUGGGUUGCCCAAAUGGUAUUGGGCAUGCAGUGUCAACGGCUGUCCAGUUAAGAUCUGCAGUUACAAGGGCCGUUUGUUUAAAACCAACGAUAAGAUCAAUCAUAUUCAUCCUCCCACGGAAACGGACGACUCACAGCACGAUGUGGUGCUACCGGACCAGGCAGAUGAAUUCUCGGUACAACGGCAGUCACCAUUACCAAUGAUGCAACCUCGUCCACCGCCACUGCUUCCACGUCCACAGCUACCAUCAAUUUCUGCAGUAGUAUCAGCAGCAAUGGAAAAUUCAUCUCGAGCUCCUAAAAGCGAAAAAGCGCGUGAAGACUCCGAGUCCUACAAAGUUAUAAAAGAGGAAGACAAAACCGAAGCCCUUAUCUACAAAGAACACAAACAUAAACUAGUGAGCAGCAAAGCUGAUGGUGUUAGAAUAUGGAAAUGCAUUACUACUAAAGAGAAUGGCGAUGUAUGCGGCGAUACGGUCCAUCUUUUGCCUAAUGGCAGACUUAAGCUGGAGAAGUCGAUCAAAAAUGAACAAUUGAGUGACGAUGAAGAUAACGAAACCGUGAAAGAAGAGGACGGUGACGAUGGAUCCGACGGAGGCAAACGAAAGAGUCGAGCACCGAAGGUUGCAGUGUAUGAGGGUUAUCACUACAAAUACUGUCACGCUAGACCAGAGGGUACACUUUACUGGCGUUGUGUGAUGAAACAGGAUAACAACUGCUUGGCCUCGUUGCAUACCAAGGCUACGUUCGAGUUUCUCAACUUAAACGAUCAAACACAUAACCACGAUCCAUCGGAUCCAUCCGUGAAGUUGGAAAAUGCGAUUGUUUGUAAUGUCAAACCAGCUCCACCGAAGCCUCCAAGUUUACCGACUACCGGAUCAACCGACUUUCAGUUGGUCAAAAGCGGUCAAAAGCGAGAAUUUCUUAUCUAUCAAGGCUAUCGCUACUACUUCCAGUAUGAGUCUAAAAAUGGCAAACGUUCGUAUCGAUGUACAAUGUUUCGCAACUGUCCGGCAGGUGCAUUCCUAAUGCCGGACAAUACAAUUGCAGAGGCUAAAAACUUUGUCCAUACGCAUCCUCCUACGGAAAAUUUGGAGAAGUAUGUGACGAAAGAUAGUUUAAUUACAAGUCCGAUCAAGGACGUCGAUGGACAACCGGGACGACAACAGCGAACGGCGGUCGAAACUGGCCAAUUUCCAUUGUUGAAUGAACCCGUUCCUAGUGCCAGCAGCAGAGAAGAAGUUGCACGGGCUAAUGGCUACAAAAUAAUCAAAAACUACAAAGGCAAAGAUAUUCUCAUCUACAAUGGCUGGCGGUACUUUGUGGAUUACAAGAAGAAAAACGGUGGCCAGGUUUGGCGCUGUUCAUCCCACAGAUUGUGUCGGGGAGCUGUUCACCUUUUCCCCGAUGGGUCGAUAAAUUACGCCAAACUGGUGGAUCAUAACCAUAUGCCUCCGAAGCGAAACCUAACCACCCCUAACAUAUCGACCGAAAUAUCUGCAAACAGCAGCUAUACCAGCGGAGUGCUGCCGGAGUUUGCAUCCAAUGCAUAUUCUCCUCCCUAUCAUCGGUACAUAACGCAUGACAGGCACCGGUUCCGAUUUGCGACACGCAAACGUGAGGGUACAAUCUACUGGCGGUGCGCCAUGAGGCUAGAGACCAAAUGUCCGGUUUCCUUCCACACAAAAGAGGACACCUACGAACUGGUCAGUAUGCGCAACCACGAACACAACCACCCGGUGCCGGAUGUUUGGCCCGAGGUGGCAGGUGGACAGAUAGACGAAGCGCUCCCCGUGGUGAAGAUGCCGCAGGAGGAAAUCGGCACGUCGGAUUUCAUUCUGACUAAAAACUCCAAGGGACGGGAUGUGGUCCUCUACCAGAAUGGGCGUUACUAUCUGGAUUACUCCCGGAAGGAUGGAAAGAUCGUCUUCCGGUGUUCGUCCGUUGCAGGUUGUCGCGCGACGGUUUUGCUCCUCCCGAAUAAAACACUUGUGGUGAACCGGGAAAUGAUGCACACUCACGGGACGGCGUCGCUUAUGGAUAACCUGAUGAGUCAAUCCCUCUCGUAUUUGAACCAGAGCAGACCGAAUAAAGCGGACGAUGACAUUCAGCUAAUCGCACCACCCGAUCCGUUGAGUUUGAACAUGGAGCCAUCGCCUUCGGCGUCGUCCUCGUCGUCAUCCCUUCAUGAGUUGCCCAAGUUCAUAAUCCACCAUGGUUAUCAUUACAAAUUUGUCUCGAGAAACGCCGACCACCGGAUGGCCUUCUGGCGCUGUUCGAACUACGAAGCUAAGAUGAAUUGCCAAGCGUCCAUCUACACCACGCUGACCGGAGAAGUGAUACGUACUAACAAUAUGAUGCACAACCACAAAACAGAAGAUUACAACAGCGCCUCUGCCAGUAACAGUUUAGCCCGACGGAAGACGCUAAUCGGAACACGAGAGUAUAAAAUUGUUAAAAACUGGAAGAUGCGCGAUGUGCUGAUAUUCCAGCAGUGUCGUUAUUUUCUGCACUAUGUCAGAAAGGAUGGUCGAAAGGUGUGGCGAUGCUCUGCGAUUCGAAGUUGUCACGCUGCUGUUUAUCUGGGAGCAGACGGACGACUGGACCAAGUCAAAGGCGAACACGUUCAUGACAUUCGGUCAGAGGGUGAACCAAGACGAAGGAGGCCCCGAAAACCUCGUCUGGAAAUCAUGCCAGCGCAGCAAGGUAACAACCAUGUCGGCGGCAAUGGAAUGCCACACCCUGGAAAUGGCGGCAACGAAUGGAUCGACUAUAGUGACUAUGGAAUGCAGAUGAACAGCAGCAGUAACGACAACAAUUCUCUGUGGGAUCAUUUUAACCCACAUCACAUGACUGCUGAUGGCGGAACGGUGGGAGAUAACGGAGAGAAUUUUGACUUCAGCUAUCAUUCGGUGUUUGGUAGUCAACCCAGCUUUGAGGACAGCUACGGAAUGCUAACGGAUGGUGCCGAUAAUACCGGUUUGGAGGAAGACGACGAACCACUUCCGCUGGAACCAGACGUUAGCUUCCAGGAGAGUGACAACUAUGAGAAUUUGGAAAAUCAGCGAGAUCUCGAGCCAGUGGUUCAGAUGAGUGGUGUUGAGUAAAAUAUUUUAUUUUAUUUAAGGUAUUUGUUUUCAAAUGAGAAAAUAUUUAAUCUUUUUUAGCAAAAAGUUAGUAGGUAAGCGUUUCAUCCCGCAAAAUUACCUGAACAAAAGUUGUUUAUUUUGGAGAGAUUCUUCCUUUUAUUAGAAUUGUUAAACCAUACAAAUUUAACUGCAGAUCAAGUGAAAGUAUUCCUUUUUUAAUUUAGUAGACCCAUAUUUAAGAAAUUUAUAAACCGAUUGUGAGAUACGCAAUGUAAAGAAACAUAAAGUGCGAAAAGAGAACACAAAAAAAUCUAGUAGAAAUUCCUUUCGAUUCACCCCACCUUUACCCACAAGCACAUGUGCAGCUAGAAAAAAGAAGAAGAAAAGCAGAAUUUAGAUGUUUCACUGUUUUGGGUGGUCAAUCGAGAGGUGAAGAAUGUACUAUUCCUAUUAUAUACCUAUUUUAAUUUGUAAAAGUCGCAUCAUUUAUCAAAAUAUAUUUUUAACUUUCACAAACCACCACUUGACGUAAAUAAACCAGCACAUACUGAAAGUAAAUCGUAAGGACAAAUGCAAUUUUACAUGCCCCCUUUCCACGUUUAAGUACUACAUUAUCCAUUAUGAUGCAAAUAUAUAAAUAAAA